AUGGCGGACCCGGGAGGGAUGGACGAGAGGAGUGCAGAUCGGUUGCGGUAUCCGGGGAGGAAGCGCGUGCUGGGUUUCGUCGGGGUUCAGACCGGUUUCGGCAGCCGCACUAGACGCGGGUUGCUUCGCGAGACAUGGUUCCCCGCCACGCCCGAAGACCACGCGCGCAUAGAAGCAGCAACAGGGUUGGUGUUCCGGUUCAUCAUCGGGCACGGCAGAAGCACACUGGACGAGCAGCUGCUGCAGGCGGAGAACAGCACUCACGGGGACUUCCUUCGCAUCGACGUGGACGAGGCGUACCUCAAUCUCAACCACAAGACUCUCGUGUACUUCACGUCUCUCUUCAAGCUCUAUGAAGCGGAAUUUUACGUCAAGGCAGACGACGACAUUUACUUGAGACCAGACCGCCUCUCCUCUCUGAUCGCCAGGCCAAGGAAAUCACCUCGAACCUACCUUGGGUGCUUGAAGAAGGGAGCUGUGUUCACUAACCCCAAAAUGAAGUGGUUUGAGCCCAAGUCAUGGCUGGUGGGAUCGGAGUAUUUCCUGCAUGCCUACGGCCCCAUCUACGCCCUCUCAUACGACGUGGUCAACAUUCUCAACUCCAUUCCCAAGGGCAGCGCAAUCCGAAAGCGCGCCGAGUCCCGUCGCCGCGGCAACUACCUGUCGCACGUUGCUCUGCUCGCCUCGCUCCUCGUGCUUCGUCUCCCCACUUCCUUCGCCGUCCUCAUUGACUCCUCGCAAGUUCCCCCGCUGCUGGAGAUGCAGGCGGGGUGGGGAGUGAGCCUCAACGAGUGGCGCGCCAAUGGCAACUGUGAUGCUGCCACAGGGCUGACGUGCGAUGAGGGCGGGUUCGUCGUGGGCAUGACCCUCACAGCGGAGCAGGUGCCUGCAGGGCUGCCAGGGCCCUUCCCCACGGCCAUUGGCAGCCUUACCCACCUCACAGACCUAACGCUUGACCUGAGCAACGGAACCGCUUCCAUUCCCAAUGCCAUCAGCACCCUCCGCCGCCUCGCUACCCUGCGGCUCUCAGGUGCGGCUCUCCGGGGCACCCUGCCCUCAGCCCUCGCGCAGCUUCCUGCGCUCUCUUCUCUCUCACUGGUUGACAGCAUGCUCACCGGCUCCAUUCCAGCUUUCCUCUCGGCGCUCACACAAUUGACAGAGCUGGCCAUGUAUAACGGUGCCUUCAAUGGUGUUAUACCUGAUACAAUCACAUCCCACACUGCGCUACAGCGUCUCAUGCUAGCACAGAACAACUUCACAGGAAGCAUUCCCAGCAGCAUCAGUGCGUUGAACAGCCUCGAGUACCUGGCCAUCGGAACCAACCCCCUCUCAGGCUCCCUCCCGGCCGCCCUUGCAUCGCUGCCUCUCCUGCAAUACCUGGAUGUGAGCUCUGCGAGCAUCAAGGGCUCCAUCCCAUCAGCACUGGGCAACCUGAGCCGGUUACGCAUGCUAGCUCUGGGCGGCAACCAACUCACGGGCGGCAUUCCUCCGUCCAUUGCUGGCCUCUCUGCCCUCACCCAACUCAACCUGGCUGGCAACAACCUCACAGGCUCCAUUCCCCCCGCCAUAAGCCUCCUCAAUAAGCUUAGUGUCAUCGAUCUCUCCUACAACCUCCUCUCAGGCCCCAUCCCUGCAGUCCUCAGCGCCCUUCCCAACCUCUCUUCCAUGUAUGUGCCACCUCUCUUCCAUGUAUGUGCCACCUCUCUUCCAUGUAUGUGCCACCUCUCUUCCAUGUAUGUACCACCUCUCUUCCAUGUAUGUGCCACCUCUCUUCCAUGUAUGUGCCACCUCUCAUCCCAUCCCAUCAGCCUGCAGAACAGCCUCCUCUCCGGCUCGCUGCCGGCCUCUCUCUCUUUGCUGCGUUUGAGUCACUUUGUAGAACUCUUAGAAGUAACUCACCCCGCAACACCCCUCCCUUUCUCCAACCACAGCGGCCUGCAGAACAACCACCUCUCUGGCUCGCUGCCGGCCUCCCUCUCCUCACUGCCGUCCCUCGUCUACCUGUCAAAAGGUGCGCGUACAAGCAUGGAUGUGUACGAGAUGCGUUACGGCAGGAAUUAUGGUCGCCGUGAGGCGGAUCGCUCGCGGCGCGAACGCUCACGUGAGCGCGGGCGCUCGCUGGAGAGGUCGCCGCAGCAGCCUGAGCGAUCGCCGCGGAGGCCGGCCUUUCGCGCGGAUCAGGUCCCUCUCGCGCCAGAUCGCCAGGAGGGAGGAUCCGCCCGAGAAGGAAGAGGCGGAUCUGGAUCCGUCACGACGGGGAGUGACCCGUGGCGGACAAACGGGCGUCACGGAGCGGAUGGUGGUCGUGGGUACCGCCAGGACACGGGAGCAUACCGCUCGCCGGAGGAAGGCUAUCGCCGUCGCGAAGAGAGAAGUCGCGGGCGAGGUCUGGAGGAGCUCUUCUCGGGUCGCCAAGGCGAUCUUGAUGUGGAUGGAGAAGACGAGGCCGACUCGGCGAAUCGAGUGCGGGAGACGAAUCGUGAAGGCGAGACCAAGGGUGAUGACAAACCCCAGGAGGAAGGCGCAGGCGAGCAGCGCGAGAUGCCCGCUGAAGUUGAUGACGACGAUCCCGCGCAGGCGGGCGUGGCGGCGGAGCCGAGCACGGCGGAGGCGGAAGGAAAGGGCGGUACUCGAGACCUGCCGCGCGACGGAGAGAAAGGUGACGGCGGGGGGCGUGGCAGUGGCGCGCGCUCUCCAAAUCCGCGUCAGCAGCGUGACGAGGGACAGGCACGCGCUGGCCAGAUCCACGGAUGUAUCGGGAGGGGGGGCGUGGCGGCGGUAUGCGCUCGCCAGAUCGGCGGCAGAAUCGUGACGGGGAACGCAGUGGCGGCGCGCGCUCGCCAGAUCCACGUCUCCCGCACGAGGACGGGAGGCACGGAAGCGGCCACCGCUCGCCAGGACGGCAGCAGCUGCAGGAAGAAAGGCGCAGAGGCGGCUACCGCUCGCCAGAGCUACGGCGGCACCAGGACAGUGGACGCGGGGGAAGUGUGCGCUCACCAGAUCCGCGGAGGUAUCACAACUGGAGAAGCGGGGGAAGUGUGCGCUCACCAGAUCCGCGGAGGUAUCACAACUGGAGAAGCGGGGGGGAGCUGCGCUCUCCAGGUCCUCGUUACCCUCGUGAUGAGAGACGCGGAGGCGACUACCGCUCGCCUGAUCUGCAACGGCAUCAUGGAGAGAGGUGGGGAAGUGGGACGCGCUCGCCCGACUGGCACAGGCAACAUGAAGAAAGCCGGGGAGGCGGAUACGGCUCGCAGCUUUGGCAACAGAGCAGGGAUGAGGGGCGCGGCGGAGGGUAUCACUCAUCUGAUCGGUACUGGCAGCAUGACGGAAGACGUACCAGUGAGGGAGGACGGUCUCAACUCAACAGCGGAGAGGAAGUCAGCGGGCUGA